UAGUGGAUCUUUGGGCCCCCCCGGGGAUCAAAGUUGUUAAUUGGAUGCAGUCGCUCUCAGGGUCUAACCCACACGUGGGAUCCCCACUCACUCCCGCCAUCAGAUCUUAGGGAGCAGGCUGCAUCAGAGAGUCCCCGCAAAUUCUUCUCCGUCACCUCCGUUCUUCCCUUCCUCCUUCCACCUUAAUCAUGGGGAGGACCCCGAAAAGAGUGAAGAAGUGCUCUGGUUGUGGCGAGCCGCUGUCUUGUCACAAGGCGGGCCAAUACGGCAAGCACUGCCAGGGGGUUGACAAGGAUCCGCCGGCAGACAAGCAGCCCAUCGAGCUCGAGGACCCCAACCCUAAGUCUGCGAUGGACGUCCUGGAACAGCGCAAGGCUGAGUUGGAGAAGGCCAUCGCGGAAGCGGAGCUUAGAAACGAGGUGGCAGCUCUUGAGAAGAGACUAGGGGCUCUGAAAUCAAGCGGUCCAACCCCCCCGUCAGGCGAGGCGAAGCAGACCGGCCCCAAAGUAUCCACGUCGGCGGAGGAUGCGGCUACGCUCGGCGCGGCUCUCCACCUGGGCCCCGGCGACCUGACACUAGACCACCUACGAAUGAACAAGGAGCUCGUCACAAGGGUGAACGAGAACUACCCAGACCUCGAGUUCGUCACCCCGGACAGCAAAAAGGCUCCCGCUAAAGGUCCUGCGUCUCAACUGUGUCUCCUGGACCGACAAGUGGCCGCCUCCAAAAGGUCAGCUUUCGCCACCGGGACAUACAACAAUCUUCGGACGCAGUGGCGCUCCUUCCUCCUGUUCUGCGAGUAUUUCGGCCUCCCGGCUCUUCCCACGGACGUACCCACCCUAGCCAGGUAUGCGCAGUUCCUUUCCAGGUCAUGCAAAAGCCCGGACACCAUCAAAAUCUACGUCCACGGCGUCCGGCAGCUGCACUUGUUUCACGGCCUGACCGCGCCUCCGGCGAACGCCUUCGAUCUUAAACUCGUUCUCACCUCCCUCUCCAGGCACUCCGCGCACGUCAGCCAGCAAAAGUUGCCUAUCACGCCUUCGAUUCUACUACGCCUCAGGUCUCUGUUGGAUCUACGGCGCCCACUCCACGCAUUUAGAAGAAUCAUAGCACUUUUACAUUAA